AGUUAAUGAAGGUCAAGUUUAAUCCAGAAGUUGACAGUUUGACGAGACAGUUAGUGCCCCAUCAUCAAACGUGGCCACGUAGAACGUGAACAAAUGGUGGAGUAAAACUCUGAACAGACUAAAAAGGGGGUGAGUGAGGUGUCAUUAUGACGGAAUCAACAGAAGUUGUUUUGGGGGGAUCAAAACGCUUUGAAUGUCGUGUGCUUGGUUUCCCCCGCCCAGAAAUACGCUGGUAUAAAGAUGGAGUGGAGAUUACACAUGUUAAGAGAUACAACUUCGACUUUACUCACGAUGGCGUCAUCUCGAUGCUCAUGGAGGAGAUAUCGCACAAGGAUCAAGGGAUGUAUCGAUGUCGAGCAGAUAACUCUGAAGGAACAGCCUCAACAUCAGCCUAUCUUUUUGUCAGACAAAGACGUGGCUUACCAGAUGAAGACACCAUGUCUAUUCAUUCGAUGACCAUGAGCGAAGUGGACACCGAGUACGAAGAACGAAAACUGGAACUUGAAAGCUACGCUAAAAGAAUGCAAGUAGAUUUUGGUGGAGAAGAUUUUUUGGAUGAAUUUGGAAGCAAGAGAACAUUUGAGGAUUUGGUCAGUGAAGAGAAUCGUGAAAAUCAAUUAAGCGCUAAACUUGGUUUGGAUGAGGUUAAAAAAGGACAGAAAGAUAAAACAGACAAAUCGAUAUCAAAUGGGUAUUACGAAGAAUCUUUUUCAUCCAAGCAAGAAUCCUCUUAUUAUGAAGAAAGUUAUGAAGAGUCCUCCACAAAGAAAGUUAAAAUGAGUAAAAAGGAAGAGUAUGUAUCUUCUAAAAGUUCUAAAACAUCAGUUGAAUCUCAGGAAGAAUUUAAAAUGACAGCCGAAAGUUCACAAGUUGCAAUAGAAUCCAGUAGAUCUGAACAAAAUUCCAAAAUAUCCACAGAAACCUCAAUAGAAGCCUGCCAGUCAGAAUCCUCGUCUUCUCAAAAAAUAUCCAUAGACUCAGAGAUAACCUCAAGUCAGUCUGGAACAAGCUCACGAUCUGCAUCCCAAUCUGAAUCCCAGUUGCUAAUAGAAGCCUCAGAGAGUUCUUUUGACAACUCUUCCAGUUCCUCUAGAACAACAGUUGAAGAAAGUGGUCUAAGGCUUGUGUCGUCUGAAAUUGAAGUAGAUGGCCAUGUCACUUCACGUGAAGGAACUCUAGAACAUGAAACCACAGUGGAAACUGAUUCUGCAGAAGUAGACAGCUCGUUAAUAAUGGAAAGUAGUGUGGAAAUCGAAAGUAAGAAAAAGAGAAAGAAGAGAAUGAGUGUUGAAAUGGAAAUUGAAGAAAAGUCCACACAGGGUUUUGAUGUGGAGUCUAAAACUACAAACACUAAGAAAGUCGAGGAAAUAAAGACCCUAACUGCUGAAAUGAAAACCAUGACAAAAGAUAAUUUCCCCACAGAUAUGGGCAGUGUGAGCUCUAUUUUCAGUUUGGUCUCAGAAGAAGGAGCAGAGGAAUCUCUUACUCCCCUUAAUCCAAGCGACGUGCUCGAGACCAAAAUCCGGAACAAGCUUCAAGCGAAAGUUUUGGAAUCAGAGAGUAAACAAGAAUCGGGAAGUCUAGAAGAACUGGUUUUCUCAGAAGAGUCAUUAACUGAAAUAAGGAAAGAGGAGGCUAGUUCAAGAGCAGAACUGAGAGCACAACUUGAAAGUCAAGCACAAGAGGCAUCCCUACCACAAGACAGGCUCCUGGAUAUUCCAAUGGAUGAGAAGGAAAUCCUUGCAACAAGUCUUGGACAUGAUAGUGGAAUCUUUGAUAUGUCCAUGGUUGACACUCCCUCUCGUGUUGGGGAAAGUUCAAUUGAAGCUUUAUCUGAAUCACCAAGCCUUUUGGACUCAACUUUGACCGAGGCACAAUUUGUAUCAGCUUUAGAAUCCAAAGAAGGGGAUGGUCAAUCAUCACAGGCAACAUCCGAAAAAAUUUUGUCCCAGACUGAAGAACAGAAUCUAGAUCAAGCAGAUUCAUCGCAACUUACAGAUGUAUCCAGAAUUGAAUCUCAGCAAGUCCAAGAACUCAAUGAUUCAGAUAAAAAACGUGCUUUGGAUAAAGCCAAGUCAUCACGAGAAACUGCUUUAGCUGAUGAACAGAGUGUUGUAAGUGAUGAUGCUUCCGUAGUGUCAAAUCUAGAUUCAAUGAGUGCUGAAGAAUUAUCCAUUAGCAGUCAAAUUGAUAUGAAGGAAGCCUUAGACAAAGCCAGGUCUACUCAAGAAAUUGCUCUGGUUGAUGAAGUCCAGGAUGGAAAGGAAGAUGCCUCAAUUGUUUCUGAUCUUACAGAUCUAGAUUCUAUCGUAGCAGAUGAAUUAUCAGUUGAUAGUCAAGCUGAUAGUAAGAAAUCAAGAUCACAGUCCAGAAAGGAAGCUGCCUUUGUGGAUGAAAUAUCCAACAGAGAUGAUGCAUCAAUUGUAUCAGAUUUAACAGAUCUAGAAUCCAUCAGAGCUGAUGAAAUGUCUAUAGAUGGUCAAAGUGAAAUUACUGAAGCAGAACUAAAAGGUCAAGAAACACUACAUACAGAUCAAGUUAGUGUUGCAGGGUCAGAAAUAGAUGAUUUAUCAGAACUUGCUUCUGUGGAAUCAAACUUAAAAGCAAAGGAACAAGAAACCAGAGAUUCUCUUUUGGCCAAAGAUUCUGUUAAAAUAGGUGAAACUGUUGAUUUAUUGGAUGGUCCUGCUGAGGAAGCAUCAGGAGUGGAGCUCUCAGAUAUCAAAGAUCAGGAUCUUCUUCAAGAACCAAUUAAUGAAGAAACAGUAUCUGAAUUUUCAGAAGGAUCCAUUCGUGAAGCAUCAGAACUAGGUUUAGAAGAUGCCAUUCCAUCUAGUGGACAGAUGGUCACCAGUCCAAGUGAUUUAACAUCACUGGUCAGAGAUGCGCAAGUUGCAUCCCAAGCUGAUCCUCAAGUUUCUGAGGCAGUUCAAGACACAAUAGAUGGAGCUUUGAAGGAUCUGCAAUUGGUCAGCACAAAGGUGUCAGAAGAACCUAAUCCUAACAAAGCUGAUGUUGGAGAUAUUCCUGAAAUUCUUGAAGCUGAAGCUGAGAAGGUUUCAAAGAAGAAAAGAACCGAGGAUCAAGAAUUGUACUUUUCAUCAGAAGUUGAAACAACCGAGAAGAAAACUAAGAAGAAAUCAACUGAGGAAGAACUAACUUUAACUACAUCUGUUGAAACAAGCGAAUUUGAAAUAUCCACAGAAGAAUCAUCCACAACCAUUCAGGCCGAGGUGGAUGUUUCAGAUAUUAAAUAUGAUGAACAAGGAUUGAAGAUAUCAGCUUCUGUGGAAGUUGAAGAAAGACGAUUUCCACCAGAAGUUGUUAAAGUUCCAGAAGAUGUCAAUGUCCAGGCCGGGGAGACAAUUCAUCUGAUGUCGGAAGUUACUGGAAAUCCUAAACCGGAUGUUAAAUGGUUUAAAGAAGGAGAGAAAGUUUGUGAGAGUCAGCGAAUCACCUUGGUAACAGAAGACAGUGUUUAUUCACUGGAAAUUCGCGAAGCUGAAAACAGUGAUGGUGGAACGUACACAUUGACAGCCCACAAUGCUGAGGGAACCAUCUUAAAUGAUGUUCACGUGAAUGUUUCCGUGCCACCAGGACAGGAGGAUAAACUGAUAAUGGAAAACGAGAAUAUCAGUGUUACAGCUACACUAUCCCUACCAAAAUUUACAAAAAAACCAGAAGACACAACAGUAUCUGAAUUUGAUCAGGUUCAAUUUGUUUGUGAAGUACAAGGUAAUCCUGAACCCAAGGUCAACUGGUUGAAGGAAGGACAGAAGUUAAAAUCCGAUCAGAGGAUGAGAAUCUACCAAUCAGAUGGUCAACAUUUCCUGGAAAUCCCACAAUCCUCCAUUCUGGAUUCUGGAGAGUAUGAAUGUCAAGCUAGUAACAGCGAAGGUUCUACUUCCUGUCAUGUGAUAUUAACAGUUGAAGCUGCAACAGAACAAGAGAGUGGUUUAUCUGCUGCAGAAGAAGUUCCACAAGCCUCAGAAUCAGACGUUCGUACUCGCUACCUUAAAUUAUUUGGUGCUGCUGCGGCCUUUACCCUUGUAGCAUUUGGUUUCCAUAAACUCACGGAAGGAAAACUCCCCCUCAGUCGUUAGUGUAGUAUUAGUUAUCUGCCCAUGAUAUGUUAUGUUAAAGUUUGUAUAAGGCAUGUUUUCCAUGGUUGCAUUUCCCCCAGUGAAAAAGUUGGUCUGAUACAAAUGUAAUGGGACUGUUUCCAUGUAACUGUCGGAAAACGAGUGGAAACGCAUACAUGGAAGACAGGCUUAAAGCACAAUGCAUAAAAAUACAUUCCUAUCUGAAAAAAACAACUCACAAACUAAAAAAAUGUGUUAAUAUGAGACAUUUGGAUAAUCAGAUCGACUCCAUCUCUGUGUGUGCUUUAGAAUUUAAAGCAUGUUUGCAUGAAUGUUUGUUUGAAUGAAUUUUAAAAUGACCAUGAUGUUAUUUUAUAAAGAACACCUUAUUUUGAUCUCAAUAUGCUGAACUGAUUCUUAAGAAAGAGACCAAUCUCUUUCUCAGUGUUUGGAAUAACACAUUUUUUUUUUUUUUAAACUUAAGCUGCCUUGACUAAAAUAAAGUUUUUUAUUAGACAACAUGAACUAAUUUAAACAAAAUUCUUUUGGUUGGGGCGCAGCAGGGGCGGGGGCGAAGAGAGAGAGAGAUACAAGAAAUUAAAUAUAAAAAUAGGUGAUGUCAUAAUUAAUUACUUCUAAUAAUUAUAUUUGAGUUGACAUCUGAUAAAUGAACAAAAGAGGUAAACGUGAGCUUCAAAAUCCAACAUGAACUUUUGAUUUAUUUAGUCAAAUGAUACCAGAUUUCAUAAUUAUUUCGCUGAAACAGGAGGUAUUGGAUGGCCGAAUGGUUUUAACGCAGGUGCCUUAGAUCAUAAGGUCUGUCAUUGAUUUAGAUGACAAGGUUUUGAUUCCCCGCUUGUCCGUGACGAGGAGUAUGGUCACUUGUCUAACUUCAGGGGUUUUCUCGGGGUCCUCCAGUUUCCUCCCACUGCUAGAUUACUGAAAUAAAAUUGAACCAUAUGUUAGUCCUGAAAUUACCUAGCUUGUGUCGAGUGGACGUUAAACCUCUCUCUCUCUCUCUCUCUCUUUCUCUCUCU